CCCGACUCGGGCGCUGCAGAGGCCGGCUGCAAGCGCGGGCGCUCUGUUCCCCUUGCAGGCGCAGCUCUGCCGCAAGCUGAGGGACCGCGCUGCCGGUGUGGCUUUUGGACCGUGCGAUGACUGGACGGUGACUUCUGGGUUUGCAGACAACAGUGGAAGAUGAAGGAGGAUUGUCCACCCAGCUCUCAUGUGCCCAUCAGCGACAGCAAGUCCAUUUUGAAGUCGGAGCUCUUAAGCCUGCUGAAAACCUACAACUGCUACCAUGAGGGCAGGAGCUUCCAGCUGAGGCACCGAGAGGAGGAAGGGGUUUUGAUCAUCGAGGGGCUCCUCAACAUUGCCUGGGGACUCAGACGGCCCAUCCGGCUCCAGAUGCAGGAUGAUCGGGAGCGAGUCCACCUGCCCUCAGCCUCAUGGAUGCCUGAACGGCCCGGUGGGCCCCUAAAGGAGGCUCCAUCCCAGGAUGGUGGGGCCGCUGCUGAAAAGCCCAGUGCUCCACUUGUGAACAUGACCAACAGUUCUAAAGACUCGCCAGGACCCCAAGCAGAGGAUGAGGAGGUGCCGCAGCUUAUGCGAACCAAGAGUGACGCCAGCUGUAUGAUCCAGAGGAGGCCCAAGUCCCGAGCGCCCAGUGAAGCCCAGCGGCUCCGACGACACCGGUUCUCCAUCAACGGGCACUUUUAUAACCACAAGACCUCCGUGUUCACUCCUGCCUAUGGAUCCGUGACCAAUGUGCGGGUCAAUAGUACCAUGACCACCCAGCAGGUGCUCACACUCCUGCUGAACAAGUUCCGGGUGGAGGAUGGCCCUAGUGAGUUUGCGCUGUACAUCGUCCAUGAGUCAGGGGAGCAGAUAAAAUUAAAGGACUGUGAGUACCCACUGAUUUCCAGAAUCCUGCAUGGGCCCUGUGAGAAAAUUGUCAAGAUCUUUCUGAUGGAGGCCGACUUGAGUGAGGAAGUCCCCCAUGAUGUCGCCCAGUACAUUAAAUUUGAAAUGCCGGUGCUGGACAGUUUUGUUGAAAAGUUAAAAGAAGAGGAGGAGAGAGAAAUAAUCAAACUGACCAUGAAGUUCCAAGCCCUGCGUCUGACAAUGCUGCAGCGCCUGGAGCAGCUGGUGGAGGCCAAGUAGCUGCCCAGCACCUGCCUCUUCUGACAUCUGCGCCAGCAAAUGUACAUGGAGUUCUAGGGGCCCGGCCCUGACUGGUCACUGAUAGAUGGCCACUGCCUAAGGAACCUAGCACCCAUGUCCACAGCAUCGUGCAUCUAGCCUUGGCUCCCUAGUGAGCAUGAACACGAAGCAGACCCAGGCCUGAGGAGCCAGGAACUCACCAGUUAGGGUCUAUGUAUGAGGCUGGCCUAGGCAACAGAUGGCCCCCAAACUGUGAUCAUAGCCAUGUUGUAUGGCUCAGUGACAUGGCCAGUCUUUUUUAUCUCUCCAUCCCCUGAAAGAUGGGCUUCACCUGCUUGCCCGGGGCCUGUUCCAGAAUCCCUACCUGGCCACAAGCUUCUGUCCUCCUCAUCCACAUGAACCACAAGAUCCUGCCCUUGCUUCACACUCCCAUCCCCGCCUCAGGAACUCUGCUGGAGAGAACAGCAGCACACCACCACUUCACCAUGGUGCCCCCAAGCCUCCUUUCAUCGCUAGUCGGACCCCCACCCUGAGGCCAGAGAUUAAGUCAGGAAUACGACUACCAAAAAUCCCACCAUUCUCUCUACAGAAAUCAGCCUUAACUUCUCAGUGAGAAUGCUUAAAAGGAGCUGGCUGCAAGAAGCAUGCCAAUAUAACAGAGCUAGGGAGCUGAUCACAAAGCACUGAAAGAAUUCUGGCUGGUGGCCGCUCCGGAGGGCAGUGCUCAGCUGCAGUCUCCACUGACCUGUGGAUGCCUGUGUGUUUUUUGUCUUCUCUGAGCUUGGCUCCUCUCUGGUGGGCAGUGCUUCCUAUCAUAGCCUCAGAACGAGGAGAAAGGUCUGUUUGGGGACAAAGAGCUUUGAAUUCUCUGGAGCCAAAUACUGAACAACUUGUGUUUGUCGACUGAUCAAGAAUGUCUGGAAUGAAUGAGCAAGCUUUUGCAAAACUAUGCAACAAUUUAUAACAGUCAUGCGGGGGUGUCUAACGGAAUAAUCGAAAGACCAAGUUCUCUGGCUGCUGAGGUCUGUGGACAGUGGAUUUAAACAGAAUAAUAAUAAAGGCUUACAAAGAGAAGAGUCCCGUCUUUUGUGCAUGUGGGAGCUGCUUAUGGAACCCUGAAAACAGCAGCGCUGGGGAACGGUCAUGCAGUGUGGGGCCACUGGUCAAGGUCGAUGUGUCUGUCACACCAGGAGUCUCCAGACCCCAGCCCCAUCUUCAGAGACGCACAUCUACCAGGGACAGUCUGGCUGAGCCCUCUUGCCUCCUUUGGCAGUAGAGUUUCUUAGGUGUUCAAUAAAGGUCUGACACGAGCGUCA